AUGGCUUCCAUCUCGAAGAGUCUCCUAUUCUUUCUCCUCUCUGCACUCGCCACUAUACCAACUCACCAACACCCACUAGACCCUGUAACCCCAACCGAGUUCACCAAAGUUCAAUCCAUAAUCCAUAACUCGUACCCCAAGUCAAGCCACGGCACAGCCUUUCACUACGUAGGCCUUGAAGAACCAACCAAACAUACCAUUGUUUCAUGGCUGAAGGACACUGCUACUAAAGCCCCACCUCGACAAGCAUUUAUCAUAGCUCGUAUAAACGAAACAACUCAUGAAAUCAUUGUUGACUUGUCAGUCCACAGGAUUAUUUCUGAUAAAAUUUAUGAUGGUUAUGGCUACCCUAUGUUCACUUUUAAAGAGCAAGAAGUUGCCAACGCAUUGCCGUUUAAAUAUGCACCAUUUUUGGAGUCAGUUAGGAAGAGGGGGCUCAAGGUUGAAGAGAUUGUGUGUACGAGUUUUGCAAUUGGUUGGUAUGGAGAGAAGAAAAGGAACAGAAGGAUUGUCAGGGUCAUGUGUAAUUAUUUAGAUGGUACUGUGAACUUGUAUAUGAGACCAGUUGAGGGAAUUACUGUCACCGUUGAUCUUGAGGAAAUGAAGAUCAUAGGGUUUAAAGAUAGAUCCACUGUGCCAGUGCCAAAGGCUGACGGGACUGACUACAGGGGAUCAACGCAAAAGCCGCCUUUUGGGGCACAGUUGAACAGAAUCUCGAUGGUGCAAUCUGACGGCCCAAGUUUCACGAUAGAAGGACACAGGAUUAGGUAA